GUUGUUUACAAGUGACAGGAAGAGCCUCUGAUGCUGUCUCAGGUGAACAUUAUUUCCACCUUUACGCCAUUCUCCCUCCCUCAGAUGCAGGCAGGAACGAAUGGUAUCGCUCAACACGAGCCCAGCACCAGCCAAGAGGGGCACUACUGCCAACACCACCACUGGGAUGACCGUCCACAGAAUGAGCUGAAAAUUAUUGUUUGCUAUUGGCUUUGAUUAUAACAUUUUUUAACAUGAAAAUUCGCGUGUGUAAUUGUAAAUGAUAUUGUUAGGAUGUACAUAGAAAUACAGAGUUUUAUUAUGUUUAACAAAGAUAAUUACCUGGGUGUCACAUGUCAUAAUGGCAGCAUGAUGUGCUUGGUCUUUGUUGCCAGUGCUGUCAGUCAUGUUUCUCGUUGCAUUUUUAUCCAAAUUUGUGGAAAAUUCUGAAUUCAGUGUUGCAUUUUGUUGUAAAGAAGAGUGGAAAUUUCGUUGAGGUACUGAUACUGAUAAAGGAGCUUUCCUUAUUGACUCUGUAGUGAACCCAAAUGUGUCCUUGACAUUGGACACUGUAUUUGCUGAAGUCAACUUAUUGUUGUUUUUAACUAGAGAGUCCAAGGGAUUUGAUGCUGGAAUAUUUGAAUACACUUGGCCAUCUAUAUUUUCCAAUGCUUUGAUCCUGCACAGCUUUAGGCUGGACCCCUGAUCCUGGCUUAAAAGAAAGAGAAGCAUCAUGAAAGCUUCACUCCGGCGGUGCUCAGACCCUUUACAUUGCCAACACCUGUGGGAUGCCAUCACCACUAUCCGCAACCACAAGCAGUUGCCCUCAUUUGACAGGAUCCGUCGGUACAUGAGUAGAAUGCACAACAUGGAAUCAGAUGAAGUAGAAAAGCACCUAGAGGAAUGUGCAAGUGAUAACUUGAUAGCAGUCACACGCAAAGUGGGACAGAAAGGCUCCAAAGUUGGCAUUGAACAAGAGGGCUUCAGGUUACCCACUCCACCAGAGGAGCCUGACCGUCAUGACUGGUACUGUUUUGAGUGCCACAAAGGUGGGGAGGUUGUCUGUUGCUCCAAGUGCUACCGAGUAUUCCACCAAAUGUGCAUAAACGCAGUGGAUCAACCAUAUGACAAUGAGCCCUUUGUAUGUGUGGUGUGUAAGAAACGCCUUUACCAGAAAAGUGUUAAAAGCCGCAUCAACAGAGAAGAUCUUAACAUGCUAUUAGCUUUCACAGUUGAGAGACUUAAGGAACGACUCCCAGUAAAUAUAUUAGAGCGAGUUAUCCCAGCCCCUUCUCAAAAACCUGGAGUGUUCCUGAGUGACCGAGCUGCCACCAGCCACCAGUCAAUGAUACGAGGUGACCAACUUAGUCGGGUGUCAGCUUCUGAACCAUGGAGAUCGCAGUUGCUCUUACACCAUCAAAUGGAUCUCAAUACCAUGGAACAGAAGACGACUGAUUGCAGAUACAAGACAAUUUAUGACUUUGAGAUUGAUGCCUUAACCAUUGUACAUAAUGUUGUUUUAUACCAAGGAGUUCACAGCACCAUAGCAGACAUGGCAAGACAGAUGCUUCGAGACUGUCAGUACGACUUGAUGGAACUUGAACAGUGCAAGGAUUGCUACAGAAUGUCAAAUGAAAAGUCAGACAAGUAUUGGUUUUGUAAACCAUGUCGACCACCUCAUCAGUUAGUUUAUGCCAAACAGAAAGGAUUUCCUUAUUGGCCAGCAAAGGUGAUAAGAGUAGAAAAUGAUCUUUAUGAUGUAAGGUUUUUUGGGAGUCAACACCAGAGAGCAGUGAUAGAAAAAUCCCAUAUACGUCCAAUCUCUGUCAACAUACAUACACUUCAGGUUAAACGAACUUCAGCUUGGAAUAAAGCAUGUGAGGAGCUGAAAAAGCACCAAGAAUUACUUACAGCUUUAGCAAAUCCUGAAACAGAGCAACGAAACCCUCUCCGGCCUGAUUCAGAGCUGAGGCACCGAGGAGACCUAAUGGCUCCUGAUCAAGAAUCUCGGCACAAUCACAGACCCCAAACUCAUCUCCUACAGUCGUCACCGAAAAAGGAAGGAAGGGAAGAUGAGGACAGAAGCAGCAGUGAUGAAGAAAUGCAUGAUGCUGAGGACAAUGAGGAUGAUGAUGACAAUGAAGGUGAUGAUGAUGAGCCUGGUGAAGAUGAGGAUGAUGAUGAUGAUGAAGAUGAUGAAGAGGAAGAAGAGGAGGAGGAGGAAGAAGAGGAAGAGGAGGAGGAAGAGCCUGAAGAGGAACAAGCCUCAUCUAUAUCAUCAACAUCAAAAGCCAAAACUCCAAAAGUCAGAAAGAAGGAACCUCCAGCCCCUGAGGAUGUGGUUUCUUCCUCCUGCCAGGAGCUCCCCACCCGUUCCAUUGGCAUCCAAACCUCAAAUAGGCUUAUGAAGAUGGCAGUGGCAGAGUAUGGAGAAAGAUCAAACAAGAGAUCAAAGGACACUGAAAAAGCUAUGCGGGACCUUGCAGAAAAGUUGAGAAGAGAGUAUGAGACAGAGAAGCAGAAAGUUAUCCAGUCUACAAUGAAACAGAUGGAGAAAGAGGUAGACCGUGUGAAGGAUGAAUAUCGUUCAAAAAUAUCUGAAAUGGAAGAAAAGCACAAGCAUAUCACAUCUGACACAAAAAAGAAACAAUGGUGCUGGACCUGUGAAGCAGAGGCCAUCUACCAUUGCUGUUGGAACACUGCUUACUGUUCUAUAGAAUGCCAGCAAGUCCACUGGCACAAGGAACACAAAAAGUUAUGUCGUAGAAAAAGGUAACUUGCUCCAACUGGAUAGAGGUAUCGUAAAAAUCUUGUAUAAAUCUUCGUCUUUACUUUUUUUCUGUUGUUUGAGGAGUUAUUUACUUGUUGCAUUAUAUUGCUAUCUGUGGUCUGUAAAUAUGUAUUGUAUGUUGUGAUAGACUUAUAAUUUCAUAACAUUCAAGAGUCUGUAACUAUAUAGAAAGAGGAAGUUUGGUGAAUUUGUUUACUUUUCACUGUACAUAAUUCUACUCUAGUAUGGCCCUGCUAAAUCCCUGCACAGCCGUAUUAUGUAAUGAUAGCUACUAAUGAUAUAUAUGAGCUGAGGAAAGAUCUGAUCACUCAAAUAUGUUUUCUUAAGCUGUAUGUGCUGAUAGGAUUGGAUAUUAUAUUUUAUAUAGCAUUUUGUCAUGAAAGGUCUGGUGUAAUAUUAACUGUUGAAUGUACAACAUACAUAGUGCGACCCCAGACUUAUAGCCAGACUAACAAGUACAAGUUUGAGGAUGGUACAAGCUCAUAUUAGUUUGUAGUGUUGUGUGUUUGCAUGAGUUGUGGUGUGUAUGAUCAAUGUCCCCAGACAUUAAAUGGAACAGAAGCAGAAAUUAGUUCCCAUUUUUUAAGUCACUUCUUAUAGUGUUUUAUGCUGGUUAAAUUAUCAUAAGAGUAACAAAAAACUGUUAAGAAAGAUUUUUUUUAAAGUCAUAGGAACCAGUCUGUACAGUUUUCUACAUAUUAAUAAUGUUUACUUUUUA